AUGAACGCAGCCCGCUUCCUCCGCCGUCCCGCAACCUUUGCACUCCGGCCCUCCUUCAUCGUUCCCCAGUCUUCCGCCUCCUUCUCCUCCUCCGCCUCCUUCAACUUUGCCCGCACAAUGGCCGCCGCCGCCAAGAUCAAGGUCAAGAACCCCGUCGUCGAGCUCGAUGGCGACGAGAUGACCCGUAUCAUCUGGCAGACCAUCAAGGACAAGUUUAUCCACCCCUACCUCGACAUCGACCUUAAGUACUACGAUCUCGGCCUGCCCUACCGUGACGAGACCAACGACAAGGUCACCCUCGACGCCGCCGAGGCCAUCAAGAAGUACUCGGUCGGUGUCAAGUGCGCCACCAUCACUCCCGAUGAACAGCGUGUGGAGGAGUUCAAGCUUAAGCAGAUGUGGCUCUCCCCCAACGGCACCAUCCGUAACCACCUCGGCGGUACCGUCUUCCGCGAGCCCAUCGUCAUCCCCCGCGUUCCCCGCCUGGUGCCCGGCUGGAAGAAGCCCAUCAUCAUCGGCCGUCAUGCCUUCGGCGACCAGUACCGCGCCAAGGAUGCCGUUCUCCCCGGCAACGGCACCCUUAAGAUGGUCUACACCCCCGAGGGCGGCGAGCCCCAGGAGAUUGAGGUCUACAAGUUCAAGAACGGCGGCGGUGUCGCUCAGACCCAGUACAACACUGACGAGUCCAUCACCGGCUUCGCCCACGCUUCCUUCAAGCUCGCCCUCACCAAGAAGCUGCCCCUGUACAUGAGCACUAAGAACACCAUUCUCAAGAAGUACGACGGCCGCUUCAAGGACAUCUUCCAGGAGCUCUACGAGACCAAGUACAAGGCCGAGUUCGAGGCCGCUGGCAUCUGGUAUGAGCACCGUCUCAUUGACGACAUGGUUGCCCAGAUGGUCAAGUCCUCCGGUGGCUACAUCAUGGCCCUCAAGAACUACGACGGUGACGUCCAAUCCGACAUUGUCGCCCAGGGCUUCGGCUCCCUCGGUCUCAUGACUUCGGUCCUCAUCACCCCCGACGGCAAGACCUUCGAGUCCGAGGCCGCCCACGGCACCGUCACCCGCCACUACCGCGAACACCAGAAGGGUAACGAGACCUCCACCAACCCCAUUGCCUCCAUCUUCGCCUGGACCCGCGGUCUCAUCCAGCGCGGCAAGCUCGACGAGACCCCCGAGGUCGUCGCCUUUGCUGAGUCCCUCGAGAAGGCCUGCAUCGACACCGUCGACGUUGACGGCAUCAUGACCAAGGACUUGGCUCUCGCCUGCGGCAAGACCGCCCGCUCUGACUACGUCACCACCAACGAGUACCUCAACGCCGUCGAGCGCCGCAUGAAGAACAUCCUCAAGGAGAAGUUGUAA